AUGAAGACGAACAUAGUUGAAUCAAUUGGGGAGUUAGAAAAGUAUUUGCAAGAAAGUGUUGAAGACGACUCAAAUAUGUUUAGUAUUCUAGAUUGGUGGAAAGUGAAUAGUCCAAUAUUCCCGAUUCUAUCAUUGAUGGCAAGAGAUGUGUUUGCCAUUCCCAUCUCAACUGUAGCUUCGGAAUCCGUUUUUAGCACUAGUGGGAGGGUGUUGGGUCCGUUUAGGAGUUAUUUAACUCAUAAGAUUGUUGAAAGUUUAAUUUGUACACAAGAUUGGAUUCGGGGUAGUAUAAGUGACAUAAUCGAUUAUGAAAAAGAUUGGGAAGAAAAUCAACAAAUUGACAACGAAUUGAGCAAGAUGAAGUAAUGAAGGUGCAAGAAGAACGAGUAGGUGCAAGAAGACGAGUAUAUUUAUGAAUAUCUUUUGAAACUUGAUAUGUUAUUAUUUUCAU